AUGAAGCUUAAGAAAUUCUUAUUGCGGUAUUACCCACCAGGAAUUAUACUCGAAUACCUCCGAUCAAACGGCCAGAUAGAGUCCAAAUACAUUGACUUGCUAAAUUUAAGCCCUCAGACUGAUGUAGAUGCCCUUGUGGAUCAGAUUAUUUUCGAAGAACCCGCCAUAUCUCAGACAAGAAAGCCACAGCUGCGAAAGCUUAUAUUGAAACUUAUAGAAAAACUUCAAACCAACCAAAAUCAGCGCUUUAUCCUAUAUAAGUCUCUUAAAGCCCAUAUUUUACCCCUUACGAAUUGUGCCUUCAAUAAAUCAGGCGAUAAAUUUAUCACUGGGUCCUAUGAUAGGACCUGCAAGAUUUGGGACACGAUGUCUGGGGAAGAAAUAAGGAGUUUGGAAGGACACAAAAACGUGGUGUAUGCAAUUGCGUUUAAUAACCCUUAUGGAGACAGAGUAGCAACUGGGUCAUUUGAUAAGACUGCCAAGCUAUGAAAUGCGGAUACUGGUGAGUGCAUGUAUACACUUAGGCAUCAAAAAGAAAUUGUCUGCUUAAAUUUCGGUUUGCAAAAAAAAAUAAAUUAAUUUUUAUAUAAAAAAAAAAUUUUUAUAGAAAAAUUAUAAAUUUCGACACCAAUGGGUUUUUAUUUGCCACAGGCUCUAUGGACCAAACUGCUUGCAUAUGGGAUGUUGAAACAGGUGAACGCCUUUGUUCGUUUGCAGGGCAUACCGGAGAAAUCGUAAGUGUCCAGUUCAAUACUGAUGGCGAUAAAGUUCUCACCGGCAGCUUUGAUUUUACCGCAAGAAUUUGGGAUACCAGAUCAGGCCAAUGUAUAAGGCUUCUAGAAGGCCACAAUGGCGAAAUUUCUAACGCUCAAUUUGAUUUUUCAGGCGAUUUUGUAGCAACUGGCAGCAUCGACCACACUUGCAAGCUUUGGGACGUGAACAGUGGAAGAUGCAUUGAAACCUUACGAGGCCACACAAACGAAGUUUUAGACGUCGCUUUUAAUUCAACUGGCACCAAGCUGGUAACUGCAAGUGGUGACACAUAUGCAAGAGUUUAUAAUGUUUUAACUAAUGCAUGCGUAGGAAUUCUAGUCGGCCAUGAAGGAGAAAUUUCCAAGGUUGCCUUUAACCCUCAAGGGACCAAAAUUCUGACUGCAAGUAAUGAUAAGACGUGUAGGAUAUGGAACGCAGAAACUGGCGAAUGCUUGCAGACACUUGAAGGACAUACAGACGAAAUAUUCUCUUGUGCAUUUAAUUAUGAAGGAGAUACUAUAAUUACUGGGUCAAAAGAUAAUACAUGCAAGAUCUGGAAAGAUACCGAAGGAGCCUAA